ACUUGUUUUCCUACGCUAUGUGAUAUGCUCGCGCGUUAAAUUACAUCGUAAUUUAUGAUUCUGGGACUGAAUACUUUACACAGGAUAUGGUGUAUCUCCAAAGAGAAACUUCUUCUUUUGAAACAUGUUUCCCAGUGGAAAAGGAAUGGAUAUUUGUAUGAAUUCAGUGUAUGCUUCCAUCCCUGGAUUACCGGAACUAGGGAUGGUAUGGAUGGGAGAUAUGAUGGUACACGGAGAACCUACACAUGAACUUAUGUUGGAUCCACGUCAAGCUGAAAGUCCUUUUUUUCCUCAUGGUUCAAAUCCAUAUGAAAAUAUUAGAAAUCACCAAAUCGCACCUACAACUAUGGUACGAUAUCUACCACCUCAGUUCGCUAAUGAAUGUUCAGAGCCUGAUGAAGCUGUAGAAGCCGUUGAUUCCCAGGAAAUACAACAGGAAUAUGAUUCACAGUCUGAAAGACAAGAAAUGGCUGAAUAUUUGACAUUAGAAGAUUACAUUGGUGACGAAGAACGAGAGCAAGUUGUAAACAACGCAGCAACACAAACUACUCAAGAUAAUCGCAAUAGGAAAAUAAAACCUAUAAAGCAUCCUGGAUUGGUUUUAAAGACACCAAUUGCAUAUCAACCACAUACAGAUUUAAAUUUUAUUCCCAUUCGUAAGGAUGGUAUAGCUGUUUGCGAAAAAUGUGGUGCUAUUGGUGUGAAACAUGCAUUUUAUACUAAAGAACGACGAUUUUGUAGUAGAGCAUGUGCAAGAUCUUCAGAACAUACAGCUCCUACUGCUGAUUCUACGUAUAGUCCAUCACAUUCUGUUGAGGCACACGCAUCUGUAAAUUCAACUUCUCCAAACGAGUCUAAAUUAACAAAGAAUGUCAUAGUACAAGAAGAAACAGACAUAAAAGAAUCUUUUGAACUAGAGAAAGAGAAAGUUAUAUCAGAACCAGUAAUGCCAGAGGAUUUACCUGUAAGAAGAAAAAGAACUGCUGAAAUGGCAGGUUCUUAUGAUUGGACCCCACAAUUAACAGAACCUGGAUUUUGUGCUGCUCCAGUAUCUUGUUUUAAACAUGCACCUAUAUCAGAAAUAUGGGAUAAUAUCACAGUUGGUAUGAAAGUAGAAGUGGAAAAUACUGAUUGCGAUGAAGUAUGUGAAGCUUUCCCAGAUUCCUUUUGGGUUGCUACUGUGUUACGUAUAUCUGGAUAUAGAGCUUUGUUAAGGUAUGAGGGUUUUGGACUCAAUGAUGAUAAAGAUUUUUGGGUAUCUUUGUGCUCGAAUGACAUACACCCUGUAGGUUGGUGUGCAACCAUUGGAAAACCUCUUAUUCCACCUAAUACAAUUGCUGAUAAGUACAAAGACUGGAAGGAUUUUCUAAUGAAACGAUUGACAGGUGCAAGAACAUUGCCAACUAAUUUUUAUAAUAAAGUUAACGAUAGUAUGAAGUCGCGUUUUAGAUGUGGAUUUCACUUGGAAGUCGUAGAUAAAAAUAGAAUCUCGCAAGUAAAAGUAGCAACGAUACAAAAAAUUGUGGGUAAACGAUUACAUGUACGAUACUAUGAUUCACCACCCGAAGACAAUGGUUUUUGGUGCCACGAAGAUUCUCCUCUUAUACAUCCUGUUGGGUGGGCAAAACGGGUAGGACAAACGUUGGAUGCAUAUCCUGAAUAUUUGGAGCGUGUGUCAAAAUCAAAAUUGUGUGAAGAUGACGCAACUGAAGACCUUUUCUAUGUGCCAAAGAACCAUCAUGUACAUCUUGGAUACACAUUUCGAGAAGGAAUGAAAAUAGAAGCCAUUGAUCCUCUUAAUCUCUCUGCCAUAUGUGCAGCAACAAUUAUGCAAGUUUUAAAAGAAGAUUAUAUAAUGAUCCGUAUAGAUAGUUAUGAUGAAGAUGCAAGUGGUGCUGAUUGGUUCUGCUAUCAUUCAUGUUCACCUUGUAUUUUUCCAAUUGGAUUUUGUUCUCAACAUGGAUUACCACUUACACCACCAAAGGGCUAUGAUCCCACUACAUUUACAUGGGAUACAUAUUUAACAGAGACGAAUACUAUACCUGCUCCUGUGCAGUUAUUUAAUAGGGAAAUACCUCAACAUGGAUUUAUUGAAGGAAUGAGGCUCGAAGCAGCUGAUUUAAUGGAUCCUAGAUUAGUUUGUGUUGCUACUAUUACUAGGGUGAUUGGAAGGUUAUUAAGAGUACACUUCGAUGGUUGGGAGGACGAAUAUGAUCAAUGGCUAGAUUGUCAGAGUCCUGACAUUUAUCCAGUCGGAUGGUGUGAUUUGGUUGAUCAUAAAUUAGAAGGGCCCCGUGUACUCAAUAAAAACACUAGUCCUACUGUAAAAUCACCAAGAGGCCUUAAACGUAAAGCUAAGAGAAAAGUGAAAAAAAGCAGCAAAGUAUCUUGUGCGAAAAACAUUCUACCUCGACACAGUGAACGUAUUAGUACGGCUCGUGAACGCGAACGAGAAGUAGAGCCAGCCCAAGGAAUAAAAAUCGAAAGAGAACGUGACUUGGAAAGCCUACCAGAACAAAGAAACAGGGAACCAGAACCAGCAGAAGAACCAGCUGGACCUGAUCAAACUUUACCUAGUCCUACUACUGGACAAGGUCAAGCAUUAAAUGAUACUCAAAGUGAGAUACAAAGCCCUCCACCACCAAAAGAACGAAUUGCAACAUCGUACAUUAAUGUAACGUCUGCUUCUAGCAAAUACAUCCCAAGGCUAGCAGAUGGUGUUCAAAAGAGUUCUGAAUCUGGUGAAUUAGUGCCAUCUGAGUGGAAUGUGUUUGAUGUAGCACAAUUUCUUCGUGUUAAUGAUUGUGCAACAUAUUGCGAUAACUUUAGUAAACGUAAGAUAGAUGGAAAAACUCUAUUAACACUCACUAAGGACCAAAUAAUAGACCUAACCGGUUUUAAAGUUGGGCCUUCUUUAAAGAUAUAUGAUCUUAUUCAGCAAUUGAAAAUCAAAGUGAAUCCAGCUCAGGAAAGGUUGAAAUUAGGAUUGAAAAAAUUAUUAUAACAAAGAUAGUACAUAGAUAAUACCAUGAAUAAGUUCCAUCAUUGCAUACAAAUAAACAUGGAUUUACAGGUAAGGCAUAUAGAUGCAAAUAAUUAAAAGUUCAUAUUAUUAUGGUUAUAUACAGUAUUUGUUAUAUUAAUAAAAUAUGUUUAUUAAUAAAAUAUGUAUGUUAUGUAUAUUAAUAUACAUAUCUACAUACACAUAUGAAAUUAGGGAAAGGUAAAGAUAGAGAUCCUGCUCUAUCACUUAGGAUGUAAAUUUGGAAAGAAUACCAUUUAUUUAAAACAGAAAAAGAAAAAAGCCACAAAAAGACAAAAGUAUGAGAUAGUUUGUUUUGGAAAAUAGUUAAAUAUUAUAAAUUAAAAAUAUAAUUUGAAACUUAUUUAUUUAUGCAUUUAUACACAUUCAAGAUUGGGGUUAGGUUAAAAUUGGUGUUUGAUAAAAUAUUAGUUUUAAUUUAAAUCUCUUUCAAAAAAUCAAUUCUUACAAAAUCUGAUUAUCUAUAAAUUAUUUUUUGAAAUAACAGAAAUUGGAAUGCCAAACUACUUCUUUGUUAAUUAAAAUACAAUACAGUAGCUAUUUUAAUGCUUGCAAAUAGAUAAAUGAAUUCCAGAACUGAAUGAAACAUAUUUAUAAUUUCAUGGAGCUUGGACUAAAGCUAACGUGGUAUUUGGUAGAGAAUACAAGAUUUAUUUUAUAUUAAUAUUUACAUGUAUAUAUAAAUUUCUAUAUAAAAUAUCAAGAGAAAUUCAUGCAUACAUAUUGCAUUUAAACAUUCUUAUGUAUAUCAAAAGUUAUUUUAUUAUUCUGACAACAUUUCUUGUACAACGCCGUUAUUUGUAAAUCCAUGCUUUCACAUUGCACUAAAUUGAUUACAGAUGCAUGAACCACAUUAAGAAGAAAUAUACUAAUGUAUAUUUAAAGAUUUUUUUAAACAAACAGAAAGUUAAAGGGUGUAAUUUAAAAGGGGAAAAAUUUAGAAGUAAAUCAACAAAGAUAUAUAAUAUUUAAUACAAAAAAGUAAAAAGAAGGUAGUAAAAAUAAAUCAUAAAGUACAAAUUAGUUUCCAAGUAUCAAUUCAUUACAGCUUCAAUCAUAUUUGCCUUGACGAUAUCAUUCGCAAUACUAAAUUAGUUUUAUAUAUUUUAAUAGAUUUGUUGAUUUACUCUCUACUGUAAUCAAGAGCUACGCGUCUGUAAAUAAUUAAAUAAAAAACGAAACGAUCAACUUCUAAUCUUGUAAAUAUAGCAUUUAGCACAGUAUUAGGUUUAGCUCGUUUUUUUGAAAAGAAAAGGAAUGAAGAGAAUGUAACCACAGUGUAAAAGAAGCAUAACUAUUAGAAAGUGGUUGAUGCAUUUGUAUAUCACAUAUUGUAUCUAUAUGUAGCUUUAUAAUCAUUACAGUAAAGUAAAUCAAACCAGUUGAGUAAAGUCUAAGACUGAUUUGUCUUAGGCUCUUUAAAUACUAUUUUUAGUACGAUAGGGUAACAUUGUUACUCUCUUUAUUUAUUCAAUAUCUUGGAAUCUCAUGGGGUACCAAUUCAAUUUGGUUCCUAAACGUUUUCUUAGCAGUUAAUUGAUAUAAGAUUGGAUAUUUGACUAAUAAUCACUUAGAUUUUAUUGUGAUGAUACUUGUUUCUGUUUAUUAUGUUGAUUAGCUAUUUCACAUUAGCAAUGUAAAGAAAAUUUAUUAAUUUGGAGAAAUAUUAUAUGUCUAUAUCUGCUGAUCGAAAGAAAAGUAGUAAAAGUUUUCUUGAAAUCAUCAUUGUGUACAAAUUGGGAGGCAUUAUAAAUAGUGUUAUAAUUAUAAACUGACAAAAUUUGGGUUCUGCUUUAAAUACACUAAUCACAUUACUGUGAGUACAAAAAAAGAAAAAACAAUAUUACUUACAAAUUAAAAAUACAAAUAAUAACAGAUUUCUACGUGUUUUAUCAAUCAAUUUUAGUUUGAGAACAAAAUAACGUCCGUUGUAAAAUUUAACACUUAGCCAACCGAAUAAUGGAAAUCUCCCUUCUGUGAAGAACAUCACUGCGUGACCGAACAGGGAGAUCUCUCUUUUUGACUUUAGCAACGAGUUUUCUUCAUAUCUUGUUUUUUUUUUUUUUUUUUUUUUUUGUUAUUAUCAGUUAUUGUUUAGCUGGAUUUGUUCCCAAUUAAUUGCGUCACUUUUUCUGCUUUUAUAAAGUACAGUAUAUAAUAAAAUACACCAAUUUAGUAGUGUUAAAAUUAAUUAAAAAGCUACACUAUCAGUUAUGACUAAAUAAAGUUAUAAUUGAACGAUACCACACUGUAAAAAAAUAUUAAAAUGCAUUAUGAAUUUUUAAUUUCACGUUCAAGUCGUGUUAUUUAUCUUUAGUCAUCUUUAAUGUCUUUAAUUCUACCUAUAUUUUUUUAUGCUUUUAAUAUAUAUUUUUAAUUUGAUGUUUUGUAUAAACAAUAUGUGAAAUCGUUAAAUAAAAUCAUUACUGCAAAAUAUAAUUAAUCACUUAAAUAAUUUUUAGACUUCUUUGUUUUUUAAGUAGUGAAUAUUAGUCCUCGAUACUUGGAAAAAUGCGCGGUGGCUAAGUGUUAACAUAAUAUAAAAAUCCAAUAUAAAAAUAUUAAUUUUUUUGGAAGAAAUUUUUUUAAAUUUUUUGUUCGAUUUUGAAAUGUGAAUAUUACAAAAAAAUUUUGUUCUGGUUAAUACGUUGAAUGCCACGGGGGUCACUGGUGAUCGGCGCACCAAGAUUUAUAGAAGUACAUAAUUUGAACAAAUGUCAAUAGUUAUACAUUUUUUAUUAUUACCAUCUUUACUACAAUGGUGUGACGAAAUUUAUGCAGUAUAAAACAUAUAAAAAUAGUUUUAUUUAUACAUGAAAUAUAAAUCUAUUAUAUGCGCCCCUCGUCAGUGGCUGAACGUGGGAAAAACCCGCUUUUUCCGUGUUUUACUUUAAUGAACAAUAGUCCUAAGGAACAUUUCUACUUGAAAGAUGUUUGAUAAAUAUUAUAAAUAUUAUAUAUUUGAAUAAGUAUGACCGAGGGAUGGAUUAUGGUUCAUGGUAGGUCCCGGGACGUAAAAACAUAGAACAGUUAUUUAGCAACACGAAGAAACAAUAUGAGAUAAUUGAUAAUCACAAAAAAUAAGUGAAUCGCGCGAAAUUGCACUUUAGCGCCACGGUGGUCACCGGUGACCUAAGUGAGAUAAAUUCAUUAAUAAUGAUUUUACGCCGUAACAUAUCUCUUGUAGGUAAUAUUUCAACAUCAUACGUGUUGCAUAAUAAAAAAUUCAUUGUGGCGCCACGGGCAAUCCCUGUAAAACUAGCGUGGCAUUCAACGUGUUAAACAAAUUAUCUGUUUUAUAAUGAUCAGAUAAUUUCAAAUAUUCAAACGCACUAAGGAUGAAAAAUCUGAACGAUAUAUGUAUUUAUGUUAAUUUUUUUAUACGAAUCAUCGAGCAUUUGAAUAAUACUACAUAUUAAUUCAAAUAGAAUCGAGCAAAGUCUAAAUGUGCACCUUUUCUGAAAAAGAUAUUACAUAUAAUCAGCCAAAUAGCGCUGAUUAAGUAGCUGUUUUAUCAGGUAUUAGUAAAAAUGCUUCGUGAUUUCAUAUUUACAUACGUAUCAUAUGCAAUUUGCAUAUUGCAUAUAUGCGUUCUGCGUAAGCCAUCAAUUUGGCCGAGGAACUCAUAUAUGCGUUUGGUGAAAACUGAUAGAACCGAAAGACUCAUAUAUGUGUCCCACGUAAAUGCGUCGCUAUGAGCGACAAACUUAUAUACGCGUUCGGAGAAAACAACUGAUAGAACCAAAAGACUCA